CCUGAUUCCAUCCAGAUGCCUAGCUCCCAGCGCGCGGUGCCCCAGGCUGGCGCGGUCCCCGCAGCCCCCUGCCCCACCGCGAGCCGGGCACCGCCCCCCAUCCCACCUGCAGGCUGUGCCGGGCCCCGCCCUCUGCACUCGGGGCGUCGCGGGGAGUCAGGGGUUAAGCCCCACGCACGGCCCGGUGGCCCCUUCCCCCUCCGCAGCCCCCGGGCCUCCCCUCGGCGCCGCGCCUGGAGCGUGCGUCCGGGAGCCCGGCACGAGAGAGGAGGGGGCAGAGUGGGCCUGCGUCUCGGGUGGCCAAUCCACCGAGUCCGCCGUGCCCUAAGAGGAGGCGCCAGCGCCGCGCCAGCGCCAGGCCGGACUGCCGGCUUCCCGCGGCAAAGUACAAAUGCGCCCGAGCGCGGCGCCUGGCGCCCUGGGCGUGCACAGCCGGCCCGCGCUCAGCCUCCCCCGCGGCCGCCGCGCCGCCGCCGUCCCGCCGCGCGACCCCGAGCCCCGGGAGCAGGGGGCGCCAGCCCCGCGCGGCGCGCCCCGCAGACCCCCGCGCUCGCCGCUCUGCCGCCGCCUCGGCUCCCUCGCACCUUCUCCAGCCGCCUGCUGCGUCCGCUCCGGCCGGACGGUCCUCCGCCUCCGCGCCCCUCUGCCUCCCGGCUCGGGGGGCUCUCUCCACCGUGCUCUCACCGCCCCUGCUCUGCCUCGGCAGUCUCCCCUCGCUGUCUGCCGACGCCCCGACCCCGGGCCAGGAAGGAUGGUUCCCGAGGCCCUGACAUGUUCUGCCUUUUCCACGGGAAGCGCUAUUCCCCCGGGGAGAGCUGGCACCCCUACCUGGAGCCCCAAGGCCUGAUGUACUGCCUGCGCUGCACCUGCUCUGAGAGUGCCCAUGUGAACUGUUACCGCCUCCACUGCCCGCCUGUCCACUGCCCCCAGCCUGUGACGGAGCCGCAGCAGUGCUGUCCCAGGUGUGUUGAACCCCACACACCCUCUGGGCUCCGGGCUGCCCCAAAGUCCUGCCAGCACAACGGGACCACGUACCAGCACGGAGAGAUCUUCAGUGCCCACGAGCUGUUCCCUGCCCGACUGCCCAACCAGUGUGUCGUGUGCAGCUGCACCGAGGGCCAGAUCUACUGCGGCCUCACCACCUGCCCCGAGCCCGGCUGCCCCACUCCCCUCCCGCUGCCGGACUCCUGCUGCCAGGCCUGCACAGAUGGGGCGAGUGAGCAGCCAGCUGAGGACGCCUCUGCGGAGUUAUCCCACCAUGGAGCGAGACAGUCUCAGGACCCGUGUGCGGGGGAUGGCGCGAGAAAGAGAGGCCCAGGCACCCCGGCCCCCACCACGGGCCUCAGCCCCCCUCUGGGCUUCCUCCCGCGACACUUCCGACCGAAGGGGGCAGGCAGCACCACCGUCAAGAUUGUGCUAAAGGAGAAGCAUAAGAAAGCCUGCGUGCAUGGCGGGAAGACCUACUCCCACGGGGAGGUAUGGCACCCGGCCUUCCGCUCCUUCGGUCCCCUGCCCUGCAUCCUGUGCACCUGUCAGGAUGGCCACCAGGACUGCCAGCGUGUGACCUGCCCCACUGAGUACCCCUGCGGUCGUCCCGAGAAGGUGGCCGGGAAGUGCUGCAAGAUUUGCCCAGAGGACAAGGCAGACCCUGGCCACAGCGACGUCAGGUUCAGCAGGUGUCCCAAGACGCCGGGCCGGGUCCUCGUCCAUACAGCCAUCUCCCCGAGCCCAGACAGCCUGCAGCGCUUCGCCCUGGAGCACGAGGCCUCGGACCAGGUGGACAUCUACCUCUGGAGGCUGGUGAAAGAUGAGGAGACUGAGGCUCAGAGAGGUGAAGUGCCUGGCCCAAGGCCACACAGCCAGGAUCUUCCACUUGAUUCAGAUCAAGAGAGUCAGGAAGCAAGACUUCCAGAAGGAGGCACAGAACUUCCGGCUGCUCAGCGGCACCCACGAAGGCCACUGGAACAUCUUCCUAGCCCAGACCCCAGAGCUGAAGGUCACGGCCAGUCCAGACAAAGCGACGAAGACUUUAUAACAAAGACCUAGAGAGCUGCAGAUACGAGCUUUAUCAUUUUUGUUAUUAUAUAUUAAUAAAUAAGAAGUUGCAAUACCCUUAACCCUA